AUGGAUUCUCAUUCAUAUAACAAUGAAAGAACAAUUAAAAAAUGGGGCUUGAUAACAGUUAGACCGCCUGCUCAUUAAAUGAAUGGUACAAAUCAAAAUAUCAUAUUUCAGACAGAUCAAUAGUAUCAAAUGUCCCAGAUAUGGCUGUGCCUGACAACAUGAUUACAACAUCAAAAUACUCCUCGAUCCUUACAUUCAUUCCAUUAAAUUUGAUAGAGUAAUUCUCAAAGUUAGCUAAUGUUUACUUUUUGGUUAUUGCUAUAAUGCAGAUGAUCUCAGCAAUUAGCAUAACCAAUGGUUAGCCUGUGAUUAUGGGGCCAUUGUCAAUAGUUGUUUGCAUAUCAAUGAUAAAAGAUUUUGUCGAGGAUUACUAGAGACGCAAAUCAGACAACGCAGAAAACACACGUAAAACCUACUUAAUUCGCACAAAUGAAGUUCCAAGAGAAGCUCAAUGGAGUGAAUUAAGGAUUGGUGAUUUGAUCAAGGUUUAGAAGGAUGAACAAAUACCUGCUGACAUCUUAUUAAUGCAAACAUCAGAUAAGAAAGGGAAUGCCUUUAUUGAAACAAAAAACUUGGAUGGAGAAACCAAUUUGAAAUGCAAAAAUAUUCAAAAAAAUCUAAAAUAACUGUAAGAAUAAAGUGAAGAUGCUCUAUUGGCAUUGAGAAUGACGAUAAAAUAUGAACGGCCUAAUCCUUAUUUGUAUCAAUUCACUGGAUCUGCUGAAAUCAAUAAUCAACAAAUUCCCCUUAGUGAGAAAAAUUUCAUUCUAAGAGGUUGUGUUUUGAGGAAUGUCAAUUAUAUUUAUGGAAUUGUUUGUUAUAACGGACAUGACUCAAAGAUUAUGCUUAAUUCAAUUAAGGCAUAACCUAAGCGCAGUCAUUUAGAAAGAACAAUGAAUUGGUUCAUUAUUGUGAUUUUUCUAUUAUAAGUAAAUAUCCAGUAUGAUUAGUUUCUAGAUGUUCAUGUGUGGAUUAGGAGGCUAUUUGAAUUCUUCAUGGUAGCAGAUUCAUAAUUCAGAAUUAUCAUAUUUAGAUAUCUUGAUUACAGAUCCAGAGCAUAAUUUUGUUAAAAAUCUAUUCGUAAGUACUCAAAACUUAAUUUUAGAUAAAAUGGGGUAAUUGGAUUCUCAUUUUCACCAACUUCGUUCCAAUCUCAUUACUUGUCUCAUUAGAAAUGGUUAAAUAUUUCUAAGGAAUGUUGAUAACCCUGGAUAAAGGAACAUAUUCAGCUGAAUAUGAUAUAAAAACAGCAGUCUAGUCUUCAAAUCUGAAUGAGGAACUUGGCUAAGUGGAUUACAUAUUUUCUGAUAAAACAGGAACAUUGACAAAGAACCAAAUGGACUUCAAAUGUCUUACAGUCAAUAAAAAGUCAUAUGGAAAAGAAGCAACUUUAACAAAUGAAGAAGUCUCCAAAUUAGCUUAGGUUUCAAAUGUUGACUUCAGAGACAAAGCCUUCUUUAAUGAUUUGAAUUAAACUCCAGGGAAGGGACCACUUCAUGAAUUCUUACUUUGUCUAUCAUUAUGUCAUACUGUUGUUACUGAAAAUAAAAAUAGUCAGCUACUUUACUAGGCUUCAUCUCCUGAUGAAUUGGCUUUGGUCAAUUUUGCAAGAUAUUGUGGUUAUACCUUUGAGGGAUUAGAUGCAUCAAACAGCAUGGUAGUCAAUAUUAAGGGGGACAUCAAGAAUUACCAAUUGUUGCAUGUACUUGAAUUCAAUAGUACAAGAAAGAGAGUGUCUGUAAUCGUUUAAGAUCAAGCCAAUCAAAUUAUAUUGUAUACAAAGGGAGCUGAUUCUGUUAUUGAACCUUUAAUGAAACCUGUUGUUCCUUAAUUAAAGGAGAAAACUUGGAAUGAUCUAUAAGAGUUUGCAUCGAUUGGCUUAAGAACUCUUUUAUUAACAAGGAGAAUAUUGCCUUUGUCCACUUAUAAGGAAUGGGAAAAAAGUUAUCUACAAGCUUGUUCUGCUAUCUAAAAUCGAGAACACUUAAUGAUGGAGUCACAAGCUAAAAUAGAAUAAGAAUUAGAACUUAUUGGUGGGACAGCCAUUGAGGAUAAAUUAUAAGAAGAAGUAGGCCCAACCAUUUAAUACUUAAAAGAUGCAGGCAUUAAAGUAUGGGUUUUGACUGGAGAUAAAAUAGAAACUGCUAUCAAUAUUGGUUAUUCUUGCUAAUUAUUGAAUGAUUCCUUAUAGUAAAUCAUAGUUGAUGGAAAUGAUGAAUAGGUUAUUAGAAAUGAAUUAGAAAAGGCCAUCCAAAAAAGCCAAAACAAUAAUAAAAAUGCAUUGGUGAUCUCUGGCAAUGCUUUAAUAAUAGCUAUGAAACCAGAACUUUCAUUAAAAGUAAUGUAAAUUGCUGAAAGAUGUGAGGCUGUAGUAGCUUGUAGGGUUUCACCUAAAUAAAAAUAAGAGAUCGUUUCAUUAGUUAGAUAAAAUAAACCUAAUGUUACUACUCUUGCCAUUGGAGAUGGUGCUAAUGAUGUCAACAUGAUUACAGCUGCUCAUAUUGGAAUUGGAAUCAAAGGAGUAGAAGGCUAGCAAGCAGCAAGAGCUUCUGAUUAUGCUGUUGGAGAAUUCAGAAUACUAAAAAGAUUAACACUUUAUCAUGGAAGAGAGAGUUAUAGGAAGAAUUCAACUCUUGUAAAUUACAAUUUUUAUAAAAAUAUGCUUCUAGUCCUACCUUAAUAUUGGUGGGCUGUCAAUAAUGGAUUUUCUGCUGUUAUGUUUUAUGACUAGUUACUCUAUUAAAGUUAUAAUCUAUUUUUCACUAGUCUUCCUAUUGUAUUAUAUGCUAUCUUCGAUGAAGAAUUCUCUGGUGAUAUUCUCACUUCAAGUAAAUCUAUCUCUCUAUUGUAGACCCCAGUCUUUAUGACAUAGGAAUUAAACACAAAUUGUUCAACGUGAAAAUAUUCUUGUAUUGGGUCAUUAAUGGCACCAUCUAAGCUGGCAUCCUAUCAUACCUAACCUUCCAAAGUUAUGAAGCCUCAUCUAUUUAUAAUGGCAUGACGGCGGGCUUAUGGACUACUGGUGCCAUUGUGUUAGGAUAUUCAGUUUUGAAUAGUAAUAUCAAAGUAAUCAAUUCCAUAAGAACUAUUAGGUUAUCCUAUUUAGUAACACUUAUUCUAUUGGAGUUAUUGUCGGGCUUUUCGGAUCGGUCGUCAUAUAUCUCUUGUUAUUUAUUUUAGUUUCAGAGAAAAUGCCAAAAUCUGAUAUGUCAAAUAGCCAAAGUGCUAGCUUUUGUCAUAUGAAAUUUUACUUGACUUCAUUAUUAGCUAUUGGAGCUACAUCCAUUUUUGACUUGGCUCUGACUAAAUUUGCUCAGUGGUCUUAGUAUUCCCAGGGAGAAAUCUAGCACGAUAAAGUUUAUAUGCUGAUUUAAAAAUAGCACAUUGAAUUACCAGAUGAACAAUAUAUGCACCCACCUUCCCCAAAUACACAAUUUUAAUUGAAUAACUCCUCAGUUCCCAAAUCCCCAAUCAAACGAGGCUAUACAGGUUUUGCAUUUUCUUAAGAAGAACAUUGAC